AUGCCACAGAAGAUCGUUCCUCCUGGCCAAGAACGAGAGUUCCCAGCGCAUAGCGAGACGGGAAAGAUACCCUUCGAGUACAAGAAGAAUGGCUUAAAAGGCGAGACAGCAUACUGGGCAUGGGGAGAUCUCUCAUCGGACAACGUGCCAUUGAUCGUCCUGCACGGUGGUCCUGGCGUGCCUCACAAUUACCUGUUGCCGAUCUCGCUCGUCUACAAAGAUCAUGGUAUACCGGUGGUCAUGUACGACCAGAUUGGCUGUGGAGAAAGCACUCGCUUCAAGGAUAAGAAAGGCGACGAAGAGUUUUGGACGCCGGAGCUGUUUAUGGAAGAGGUGAACAAUGUAAAGAGUCAUCUCGGUAUCAAACAGUUCGAUCUCUUGGGGCAGAGCUGGGGAGGUAUGCUAGCGGCACAAUAUGCCAUUGACCAACAACCGGAAGGUCUGCGAAAGCUUAUCUUGUCCGACUCACCGUCCAACAUGGCGAGCUGGAACAAGGUCCAAAGCGAACUCCGCAAACAACUUCCUCAGGACAUCCAAGAUACGCUCGAUCGUUUGGAGAAAGAAGGCAAAAUGGAGUCGCCAGAGUACGAAGAAUGCGUCAUGGAGUACUACAAGCUCUUCAUGUGCCGCUGCGAGCCCUGGCCUAAGGAAGCGGAAGAUUCGUUCGCCGGGUUAGCAGAGGAUAACACUGUCUACAGCACCAUGUGCGGUCCGAGCGAGUUUUACAUCAUUGGUAGCUUGAAGAACUGGAGCGUCACCAAAGGCCUGCAUAAACUGACAGAGAAGAUUGUACCUGGAGGCAUACUCGUCAUGAAUGGCUACUAUGACGAAGCACAAGACGAGACGACCGAGGAGUUCUUCCAUCUCACCAGCGCUAAAGCCAAGUGGGUGCGCUAUGCGCUGAGCAGUCAUUUCCCGAUGUUGGAAGAGACGGAGAAGUACAUGGCUGAUCUUGGGAGGUUCUUGACUAUUUGA